CUCUCUCUCUUUCUUUAUUUCUCUCUCUAGGCUGAACACUCUUCUCUGUACUGCCCACACUUACUACUCCUUCAGCGUCUCUCCUCUCAGCAAAACCCUCCUCAAUGAUUCCAUUAUGACUCGGCUAUUCUUGCGAAAACCUUUAUUAUCUUUCUCACUCUUCUUUAGGCUUUCAUAUCAACCAAAAUAGAGAAACCCUGAAAUUUAUUGAAGACUCACUAAACAACACUCUGCAGGUUCCUGUAUAGCAAAAUUACCACAAUGGAACUAAUCUCGUUUCAAGUAAGUUCAUCUGGUUCCUGUUAGAUUUAUUUUUCUCCCCAUUUCAGCUUGAGAUUUCUAGUUUUACUUUUGGUUAGUUUGUGAGCAUUUUUGGGGGGUUUCUCUAAAAACAAAUUCAAAAUGGCAUUUCCAAAACUAGUGGGGUUUUCAUUUGGAGUGGAGGAGCAAACUUUUUCUUCAGUUAAUAGACAAAAUGGGUUUGAAAAUGAGGAUAGGAGGAGAAAUUCUAUUUUGGGUCAUUGUUCAUCAUCCCCUGUAUGGAUAGAGACAAGCAGUAGUUCUAGUUCUUCUUCUUUAGAAUUUGCUCUUGGAAUUAACGGCAGAAAAGAAGAUGUGGGUGGUGGGUAUUUUUCAUUGCAUGAAUCAUUUUCAGGAAGUUCAAAAGAUGUUAAUGAGAAAGAAGGGGUGCUGGGGUUUAGGAACCUCAAUGUGAAUAUGGGUGGGAAUGGAAUGCCUGAGAUUUCUAAAAUGAGUAAACAAGUAAUUCAUGAUGGAGGUUCUGAUAGGAUGCAGAAGAACAAAGCUUUUACAAAAUGUGUGUCGCCGAGAGGUGAUCAUACUUGGUUGCCUAAGCAAGGGAACAGUAUAUCUAGUUCAGUCAGCAAAAGAAUGAAACCUAAUAAAUCUAAGAAUAGGAAACCCCUGGUAAUAGAAGAUGAGGAUAUGGGUGUUUCGGAGUCUGAUAUUCAGAAUAUGGCCAAUCCUAAUAGCUUAAAGAGCAUUCUGUUAUCAUGUGGAUGGAUGGUAGUCGCUCAGGAAGGCCGUGAUGCCAGUUAUGUAUCUCCAUCAGGUUCUAUUUAUGGGUCUCUUCAGAAAGCUUUGGAAGUAUUUUCCCGUGAUGCUUCGAAAUUUGCAGAGAGGCAAUGCUGCUUUUCUCAGUCGGUUGUAAGUUUUAGAGAUAAUGUAGCUCAAAGAACUCCUAAGAUUAAGAGGAAAAGUACUAGCAGGAGGACUAGAACUGUGGUUCAACCCAUUGCAGAAAAUGCAGCGCUACGGGAAAAAUCUUCUGUCCAAGUCAAAUGCUUGACUGGUGUGAUAAUAGAGUUGGAUUCUAGUGACGUGGAAGUGGGCCAAGUGACAGCUAAUACUGCGAUCUGUACAACUGGUAUUCAACAAGGAGACAAAAUUCUUGGAGGGGAAACCAUAAUACCAGAGAGAAUAUAUGAUAUGAAAAUGAAAGAAUUAGGAGAACGCACAAGUAAACCUGUUGAAAAAAUAUCAAUGCCAGAGGAGGUGCAUUUGGUGGUAAUGGACAAGAAACUGAAGUCUUGCACCAAAGAUGAGGGCUUGAGUGUUAAGAAGCAUGCCAGUAAUUGCUUAGGUCUGACUGAGAUAACAAAUAAUCAUAAUGGCAGUGCUGUGUACCUGAAUAGGGAGCGUCAGGUACAGCGGAGGUCUGUUCGUAUCAAGGGGAGGCGUGUGCCGGUGGAUGAUGAACUUAUGGGAGUGUGGUUUGAUGAAUAUAUGAAAACAGGACUGCCAGGGCCAGAAAAUAUGAAAUAUAGACAAGUAACUGAGCUGUUGGCUUCUUCCAUGGGAGAGGAGAAGGUUGACAAAAAGUCUGGCAUAGGAGCCUCGGCAUAUCCAGAAGAAAUGGCUUUUGGAGAACUUCAUCGUGAGAAGGCAAAAUCCUGUAACAAAGAUGAUUGCUCGAGUAAUGAAACCAAUUGGUCCAAAUGGAUCAAUGAGGUAGCAACAAAUGGUCAAAGCGGGAAUAGCAAACUGCAGCUAGACUGUGAUUUCACUAGAGCCAGGAGAUCUAAAAGUACCAAACGGAGGCAUAUUCCCGUCGGUUGUGAAGCGAAUAUGGGGAUGUCGGCAUAUGGCAAAUUUCCAAGGUUAUCUAGAAUUUUAGGAGAUAGAGCGGCUGAGGAAAAGGAAACCACUAGUAGUUCUAAUCUUUUCGAAAUUUCCUUCGGGAAUAAAAAUGAAAUAGAGACUCCUCUUUAUGACAAACCCGCUCUUCCAUUGAAGAAAAACUCAGCAAAAACUAUGACGAUUGGAAAAUAUCUCUCAUAUAGAAGCAAAAGAAAGCCUGUCAGCAGCAGAUGUUCAAAUGAGAAAGAGAAGACAAAGAGAAGCGGCGGGUGCAGUCUUACCGUCAGAACUAGAAAUGCUGAUUUUGAAGACACUCCCUUUUCUGAAACAAAACUUACCAUCUUAUCUUGGUUGAUUGAUUCCGGUGUACUGGCUGAAAACACAAAGGUGGUUUAUAGAAUAGAAAAGGAUCAAAGGAUAACAUUGACUGGUAGGAUUACUAGAGCAGGAAUCUGGUGUAACUGCUGCAGAAUGGUUUUGUCAUUGUCAAAGUUUGAGGUUCAUGCUGGUAGUAAUCUUCGUCGACCCUGGACGAACAUUCGCCUCAUCUCUGGAAAGUCAUUGAUGCAGUGCCAUAGUGAAGCAUGGGAGAAGGAAAAAAGACAUAGAAAAUUUGGUUUCCAGGUGGUAGGAAUUGGUGAUGCCGAUCCUAGUGAUGAUACUUGUGGAAUUUGUGCUGAUGGUGGAAACUUGCUAUGUUGUGAUGGCUGCCCUUCGACUUUUCACCAAGAAUGUCUUAUGCUUGAGUUUCUUCCAGAAGGCAGUUGGUAUUGCCCAUAUUGUAGCUGCAGAUUCUGCUCAAGGGGUGAUCGUUGGCACGAUAAAUCCUAUAGGGCCAUGAGCUUGGCCAGUUGUAAUCAUUGUGGCUGCAAAUAUCACAGAGAUUGUGUUACCAAAAAUGACGUAGAUUCACUGGGUACGAAUUCACAAGCGUACUGUGGGAAGCUUUGCAAAGAGGUUGCCUCAGGCCUUUCAGAUAUUCUUGGAGUAUCAAACCCUAUCUCUGGUGGCUUUUCUUGGGUUCUUGUAAAGCAUCUUGAUGAAGUGGAAGGUACUGAUUCAAAACGAACACAAUCCUCUAUGAUGGAAUGCCAUGCAAGACUUCCCUUGGCACUGUUGGCACUUCACGAGUGUUUCGUUCCUUUAAUUGAUCCGAGGAGUAGUCUAGAUAUGAUUACUCAAGCAGUUUACAAUUGUGGGUCGAAUUACAAACGUUUAAAUUAUGAAGGUUUUUACACUGUGAUUCUGGAAAAGGAUGACGAGAUUAUUUCAGUAGCAACUAUAAGGCUCCAUGGGUCACGAGUAGCAGAAAUGCCAUUCAUCGGAACACGACCUUUGUACAGACAGCAAGGCAUGUGCCGUCGCCUCCUGAAUGCCACUGAACAAAUGUUAUCUAAAUUACAUGUGGAAAAUCUGAUUCUUCCUGCUACUCCCGAUAUGCUGGGAACAUGGACAAAAUCAUUCUCCUUCCAACAUUUGGCAUUGUCCUGUAAGAACGAAUUUAGGAAUUUGAACAUAGUUCAGUUUGCUGACACAACAAUACUACAGAAAUCCAUACACUGCGGAAGAGAUGUGAAGCAGUUUGGCGUUACUGACACUUAUACUCAAGAUGUUCUUAAUUGCUCUACUCCUGAAUACCGAAUACAGGGCUACAAAGUUGCUACCUUAGGCUUGCGCGAAGAGAUGAAAGCUUCUACUUCCACCCAUGAAACGCCAUUCCCCAUCCUUCUAGAGGCCUCCAGAGGAUCAGGUUUUGAUGUUUACCCUGUCCAAAGUCCCUUGUACCAAAACAUCAACAAGAAUUCACUAAUUCUUGAAAGUAAAUCCACCACAUUAGCACCAGUUGAUAACAUCAUUAUGACGAAGGUUUCUUUACGACCUGAGACAGUUUCAUUAGGAAGCAGGAACUUACUAAUGUCUGAGGGGUGCUGAUGAAUAUUCUAACCGCUUGAUGCUUUUGUUGCAUCAUCUUCAAUAUGUUGCAGUCCUUUCCUUUAAUCGGAGGAGCAGAAUCAAAAUGCUGACCGAUAUCUGUGAUGCAUCACCUUUUGUAAUUUUGUAUGAUUAACCACUGAUAUAUAUAUAUAUAUACACGAUGCAUCUUUUUUUGUAUGUACACGAAACAAGUACUACUACUAUAUUUCUCAAUA